CCAAACAUUUCCAACACAUCCUGAAUGCAGCAUUCCAGCAGGCGAGGGCGACAAGUGAAACAGAAACUUUGACCAGUUUGUUUGUUUUAGCAGAAACAGUGAACACCCUGAACGAGAGACUUUUCCUCUUGCGUGUAUGAAUCUGACGACUGACGGUAAGCUUCUGCUUCUUUGCAUUUGUGUUUGGGACUGAUUUACUGCCAGUGGUUCACUGCCAAAUCCUCUGCAGCUGACAGCAGCAUAAAGGCGUGCUGAAAAGACAGCAGAAGAAAAUCAAAAUGAGUUGCUUGAGGAAUAAUGGUGGACAGUUUUCCUACAGUCCUCCUUCAGUGAAGUACAAAGGCUUGGUAAACCAGGGAGCAACUUCUUACCUGAACAGCGUGCUGCAGGUGCUUUUUAUGACUGAAGACUUCAGAGAAGCUGUAGAAAGGUAUCCUGGGACUGAGUGUAUCGACCUUCAGCUCAAAACCCUGUUUGGGAAAUUAUGCAAUCAAACUGCAGACACCUGUGAUAUCACUGAGCAGCUGGGCAUCAAACGAGUGGACGAACAGCAAGAUGCUGCCGAGUACUUUGAGAAGAUUUUGAAUCUGUCCAGUGAUGAGGCAUCACAGAUCUUCUACGGGAAACUUGCUCACAGGGCGACAUGCUCAGUAUGUGAUACGCAGAACGACACAGAUGGGAAAUUUUGGCAUCUUCCUCUCCUACUGGACUCAUGCAGUGAAUACAAUGUGGAGAAUGGCAUUGAGGAGUAUUUCGGAGAUCUGAGAUUCAGUGGAGAAAACCAGAUGUACUGUGACCAAUGUGAUGCCAAAUAUGAUGCCACCAUUAGCUGUGUCAUAAAGGAUCAUCCAGAGGUCCUGAUGCUGCUACUGAAGAGAUUUGAGCUUGACUACUAUUCUAGGACUUACUUCAAAAACAACCUCACUGUCCACAUUCCUCGCAUCUUACAGAUACCAGAGAAUCAGACGUAUGAACUGUACGCAGUUGUGGAGCAUGUUGGAGAUCUUAGAAGUGGACACUACACUGCGUGUAUCAAGUCUCAGGAGGAUGACAGAUGGUAUAAGUUCGACGAUGCCCGGGUCACACUGGUUGAUUCACAGCUUUUCCAGACAGAUAACUCAGAGAAAUCCGACAGUGCUUAUCUCCUCUUCUACAGGAAAAAGAGCGUGCCUGCUGCGGAUACAAGUUCUUCAGAAGUUAUCAGGGAGGUGUUCACUCUUGGAGGCUGUUCAUCUUCAACCAGUGACAAGGGUCAAGAUGUUGUCAUGGUGGACGAGCAGGAGGAGGUUCAGGGAGCAGUGGAAGCAAGGAAUGAUGCUGCAGUGGUUGGUUUUAUUGACCCUUACGGAGCAGAUGAACAGGGAGGUGAGAAAAGGGUGAAAGGAGAUUUUAAGGCUGCUUCAGAAGUAAAGAUGAGAGCAGAUAAAGGGAAAACAGUGGGGAGAAAGCUCUUGACAAAAUUUGACCUUGUGUUUAAUAACAUGCAAGAAAAUGUUGGCAGCAGCUCACGGGACAUGGCUCAAAAUGACCAAGCGUGGAAACGAGGAAGCGGUAGCAGGUAUGAACAACAUAGAGAGGAGAAAAGGGAUGUUCAGAGAGCGAAGGAAGAAAAGAGAAGAGAUGAUGAACAUUCAAAAAAGAGGGCAACAUUGAUGUCAGUGUCUGAAGCUACACAUGAGGGAAGCUCAGAUGACUGUAUGGAGACAGCACAUAGAUUUGUUUGUGCGGCAGAGAAGCAGGAAAAGGCAGAAGACCGUGAGCGUAUUCAAGACAGGGACAGCUCUUCAGGACUGGAAAGGAGCUUGAGUAUGACAGAUGUUGAGGGAGGAGUGGGGAAGACACAAGCAGGGGCUGAAUUUGACAAAGAAAAGAAGAAGUCAGGAACAUGUAUAGUGAGGAUAUAUGAGGAAGAAACAAGGGAAACCCAGAGUGUCACUCUCAGAAGCAGAGAAAAGAUGGACAUAAAGCUUCAGACUCUGCUUACAACCUUUCUUGACGGAGGGAAGAGUGAGUCCGAAAAUAGAAGGAAAAGAAGAAUUUCUGUUCCUUUCAGUGGUGAGGCUUUUCCGCUUUUUUUAGACCAGGAAGUUCGAAACCAAAUAAUCUCUUGUGAUGUGCGAAAUCUGUUGGCAAAAUUUUCGCAGGAAAAACAGUUUGGCAUAUUGAAGUGUCAGAGCCCUGCUCAACAGAACAAUGUAACUUAAUACAAACAAUUCUUUGUGGGGUCUUCAUUUGUCAAAUAUCUGAUUCACCAAACAGACUGAAAUCUGAUACAAAUGUCAAAUUUGAAUCAACAAAAAACACAAUAUUUAGAGGUGCAGGUUGGCCAAGCAGUUUAAAACCUGGUUAAAACUUCUGCGUUGGCCCCACUGCAAUACUUCGUCCAAACACCUGUGCGCAGUGCGGCCUCUCUGAUAGUCGGGCCGCCUGUUUUCGGUGCCGUUACGUUACGUUUUUACUUUUUCACAGCAAUCCCAAUCGUAUUAUGUUAAAUCAGAGCAUGUGUGAGUUUGUCCUCGCCUCAACGGUCGGUAGGUCAGCUCCCAGAACCCUUUGCUGCAUGUCAUUCCCCACUCUUUACUCUUCACAUUUUCUGUCUCCAUGUAAAAAAAAGUUUUUUUUAAUGUUUUUGCAAUAUUUUAAUGUGUUGAAAUAAAAAAGAACAAGAAUAGAUUUAUUGAAAUUGUAUACCAUAAAAUAGUAGAAACAAUAAAAAGAAAAAGUACACAAGAAAACAAGAAAACAAUACAACAAGUAGAUGAAGUAGACAAAGUAGAAGACAACGAAAAAGGAAGCAAGAUAAGGAGCAAGGGUGCAAAUGAAGAAAGGAACAAGGGGACAGGAGAACAAGAAAAUAAGAAAAUGAAAUAGGAACAAAGAAAAAAUAACAAAAAAAGAGAACAAGGAGAACAAGGAAACAAUUAAUAGACAUAAGGAACAAUAAAAAUAGAAGCAAAAUAUGAACACAUGGUCACCUGUUCCUCCUUAGCCCCGCCCACCUUAUUCAACCUUUCCUGUAUUGAUCCUUUGUUAUGAUAGAUUUUGUAUAUGUGUUGUAAAUGCUCUAUGUAUGCAUAGUGCUCUAUAAAUAAACGUACCUUGUCAUGCUGA